AGAUCUCUGCAGGCAGCAUUCGGAGGGUUGGAUGGUGGAGCGGUGAGACGUUGUGGACGGCAGCUGAUGGAGCAGAGCUACGGGGAGGUGAACCAGCUCGGCGGGGUGUUCGUGAACGGCCGCCCGCUGCCGAACCCGGUGCGCCUGCGGAUCGUGGAGCUGGCGCAGCUCGGCAUGCGGCCCUGCGACAUCAGCCGCCAGCUGCGGGUCUCUCACGGCUGCGUGUCCAAGAUCCUGGCCCGCUACAACGAGACCGGCUCCAUCCUGCCGGGAGCCAUCGGCGGCAGCAAGCCUCGGGUCACCACCCCCGCCGUGGUGAAGAGCAUCCGGGACUACAAGCAGGGGGACCCGGGCAUCUUUGCCUGGGAGAUCCGGGACCGGCUGCUCUCGGACGGAGUGUGUGAUAAAUACAACGUGCCCUCAGUCAGCUCCAUCAGCCGCAUCCUCAGGAAUAAAAUCGGGACUCUUUCUGAGCCGCGUCAGUGUGAGAGCAUCAAGACGCCCCCGGCCCCGCUGCAGUACGGCCCUGUUUAUCCGUACCCGUCCUACAGCGGGCCCGGGGCCCCCACCGGGACCAGAACCGGCAGCGGCCCCGCGGGACACAUCGGGCUGCCCCGGAGCUGGCACAACUUCCUGGGCAUCAGAGCCUUCAUGGACCCGGCAGCUGUGCCUGGAUCUGAUGGACAUCCAGCCAAAGUGGAGGAAUGGACCAGUGUCCCCAGUAUGACCAACAUGAGCAGCAGAUCGUUCCCGCCUGGAAUCCACGGAGCCGAGAAAUCCAACAAUGAACUGGACGUCAGAUUCCCGCAGCAGUCCUCAUCCAGUCUGCCCGGUUACCUCUCAGCUUGUGCGCAUUCACCACCGAACCAGUACUGUGUGUAUGGAGGUCCUGCAACCAACUACGUGAGCACUGGACACCACUGGCAGCCCCAGCCCUCUAGUCUGACUCCCAGUUUGAAUUCCAGAAUGACUCCCAGUCUGAGCCCUGGUUUGACUCAGAGUCUGAGUCAUCUCAGCCCGGCUGCGCCGCUGGAAGCUGCAGAUUUCCAAGCUGCAUCUUUCAAACUUUCACAGAGAGAAGAGGAAGGGAAACCUCCCCUGAGCAAACACCAUCACCCUGCUCACAGAUUAUCUUCGGCCUCGUGGAGACACGGAGGAAACACGAUGGAUGUGAAGUGAUGUUAAAACGCCGAAAUG